AUGGGCUUCUGGAAGUUCUCUCCUCUCCUGAUUCUUGGCAUCUUGGCCCUGUACCAGGUGGGCAUGCUCCAGGCAGCACCAUUCAGGUCUGCUCUGGAGAGUCCUCAGGAUGCUGCUAUGCUCAAUGAGGAGGAACUGCGCCUCCUGCUGGCUGCAAUGGUGAAGGACUUUGUGCAGAGGAAGGCCAGUGAACUGCAGCAGGAGCAGGAGACCGAGGGCUCCAGCCUGGACAGCUUCCGAGCUAAGCGGUGCAGUAAUCUGAGCACCUGUGUGCUGGGCACAUACACACAGGACCUCAACAAGUUUCACACGUUCCCUCAGACUGCAAUUGGGGUCGGAGCACCCGGCAAGAAAAGGGUCAUGGCCAGCAGCUUGGACAGAGACCACGGCCCUCACGAUGGCAUGACCCAGGAUGCCUAUUAA